UAGAAAGUAAGAAGAAGCGGGAGAAUUCAGAGAGUUAGUCAAAAUGGGGUUGUAUUCGACUUUGAGCGAUUUUAUCGGCGCGUACACAGGUCUAUCUCCGGCAGCAUUCUUCACGAUACUAGCCAUAAUAGUUGUUGCUUACAAGGUUGUAUGCGGAAUGUUCGUGUCGACAACCGAUCACUCCGCCGUUCGCCGUGAGAACCCCUACGCUUUUCUCGACCCCGUUUAUAUGGGUGAAGUCACCAAGGAGGAACUCAGAUCAUACGAUGGAUCUGAUUAUAAGAAGCCUUUGCUUAUCGCUAUCAAUGGUCAGGUUUUCGACGUAUCACGCUCUAGGAGGUAUUUUGGACCUGGCGGGCCAUAUGCUUCAUUUGCAGGCAGGGAUGCAAGAGGCAGGGAUGCAAGCAGAGUCUUAGCUCUCAUGUCCUAUCCAAAAGACCGAACUGGUAACAUUAAGGGUCUCGGUGAGAUUCACCCCGAAAUCUUAUUGAACUGGGAAUUCAAAUUCAAAGAGACUUAUGUUCAAGUUGGGCAGCUUGUUGGAUAGAAGAGAAGAUGAGAAAACCGAAAAAGGGGAGGAUUUUGACAAUUCCAGUAUUGAAUCUUGAAGAUGUUCUUUAUGUAUAACUGUAAUAUCAGUAAAAACUUAUUUCCCAGGUAUAACUGUAAUAUCAGUAAAAACUUAUUUCCCAGGUAAGGAAUAUCAUCAAAGUAUUUUGUUGUUGAUUUAAGAAACUUGUUAUGUGAUUGUUUAUGGUGAUCUAUAUAUUUUGUCAUU